AUGGCCACGUUCGACUGGAAAAAGCUGAAAGUGACGGUGGAAGGAGAAGAACACGUCAGGCUGAAGGUGGGAUCCAAUCACGCUUUCUUGAUAUUAUCCAUGAUUUCAGACGGAAGUGGUCGAGAGAAUGAAACGUGAGCCGGUUUUCCAACGAGACUACCGCGUGCUCAGCAGAGAGGAACAACGCGAAGUGGUGCACAACAGAUGGAAGAAGAUCGUCGAGUGGGGACUGUUCAAGGAUGUAAGUACACUUCUUUUUGUCCUUUCCUAAAGUAAGCCCCAAAUCAAAUUUCAGCCCUACACCGAUAUGGAGAACUUCCACGCGCUCACAGAAACCCUGGAAGCAUACGAUCAGGGCACUUCCGCCCGUCUCUUUCUGCAUGGAAGUGUGUUCGGAGCAGCGGUAAAGUCAAUGGGAAGCGAGAGACAUAAGGAGUUGGUCGAGAAGAUCGAGAACAGUGAAGUGGUCGGAGCAUUCUGCCUCACGGAAAUCGGGCACGGCUCCAACACGGCCGAAGUGCAGACAACCGCCACGUUCGACCGCGGGGAGCUCGUCUUCAACACUCCGUCGUUCGGAGCCAUCAAGUGCUGGGCCGGCAACCUGGCUCACUCGGCCACGCACGUUGUCGUCUACGCACAACUACAUGUGGCCGGAAAGAACGAAGGACUGCACGGCUUCGUGAUCCAGGUGCGAGACCCACGCACUUUCCAGUCACUUCCGGGCAUCACGAUCGGAGACAUGGGACCGAAGCCCGGAUGUUGGCAGGGAGUGGAGAACGGGUGGAUGGAGUUCAAGAACCACAGAGCUCCGCUGAGUGCACUUCUGAAUAAGGGAUGCGAUAUCACGGCGGACGGAAAGUACGUGACGAGUUUCAAGUCGGUCAGCGAGAAGCAGAGUGUCAGUUUGGGAACGCUGUCGGUCGGAAGACUCGGAAUCAUUGCAAAGGGCAUGAUGGCGUGCACUUUUGCAUCCACAAUCUCAAUCCGAUACAGUGUGGCCCGAAGACAGUUCGGACCAGAGAAAGGAGGUUUGUCCAUUUUGUGAAAGUUUGAUCUUCAUUUUUCCCAGCCGAAAACGAGAUCCCGGUCCUCGAGUACCCCCUCCAACAGUACCGAACUUUCCCGUACCUCUCCGCUGCCAUUUGCAUACGCAUAUUCCAGAAGAUGUACGUUUUUUGCCCGUUCUACAAAAUCUACAGAUCAUUUUCAGCUUUCUCGAGCGAUUCACCGAGUACAUGAUGCGAGUGCUAAUGGGAGAAAAAUCGGAAGAGCUCUCCGAGUUUUCAAAAGAAGUGCACGCUCUGUCAUCUGGAGCCAAACCAGUUGCCACGUGGCUCGGAGUGGAAUCGCUCGGAGAAGCGAGAAAAGCGUGCGGAGGACACGGAUUCCUGCACAUGUCCCGGCUGAACAGUCUCAGAGAUGACAACGAUCCGUCGCAGACGUUCGAGGGCGAGAAUUUCAUGAUUCUACAGCAGACGAGCAACAUUCUGCUCGGAAAAGUGAUUUUUUAAAAUUCAAACUGCACUCUAAAUCCUUCUAAUUAUAGGCCAAAACCCUCGGUUCCAUCAGCACUCCGAUGUCCUCCAUGUCCUUCCUCAACUCGGUUCCCUCUCCGUUCACCUCCUGGUCUUCCAAUCCAGCCACCGACGUCCUCUCCGCGUACCGUUACCUCACUUAUCAUCUUCUCAAAACGACGUCAUCCGAAGUGGAGAGUCUGAAGGCGUCCGGAAAGAACGCAUUCGAAGUGAGGAACGAGAUCCAAGUGCACAGAGCUGUCAACUUGUCUGUGGCCUACACGGAGCACACAAUGAUCGAUUGGGUGCACAAGUUUGUGCAAGAAGUCGAAGAUCCGAGUGUGAAGGCGGUGCUCCAGAAAGUGCUCAAUCUGUUCUCGCUCUUCCUGCUUGAACGCCAUCUGGCUUCUCUGUACAUCACUGGAUACGCAACGGGCGGCCAAUUCGGAGAGGAUCUGAGACAGAAACUGAGGGCGGCGGUGGCGGAGAUCAAGCCCGAAUCGAUGGCUCUCGUGGAUGCGAUCGCUCCGGACGACUUCAUUUUGCAUUCAGCGUUGGGAGCUUCUGACGGAAGGUUCAUUAAUUGAAUGUUCAUUGACUUCUCUAUUCCGGUCCUUUCAGAGCCUACAAUCACAUCGAGGAAGAGUUCCGAAAGUACACAAAUGAGCAACCGCGAUGGGUGUGCGACCUGGCACAAUUCCUGCAGAAAAGAGCACAAUACUCGAAAAUCUAA